GCGAAGAAAGAAAUCGAGUAAAUCCGCAGCUAUGGACGAAGAUGAAGGAGGGAUGAGACUGAGCAAGAGGUUCUCAGACAAGGAAGGAGAGGUUGAUUACAAGACCAAAGCCGGCACCGCAUGGUCCCACAAUUACCUGAACCAGAAGCCAUGGCACCCUCUCUCUUACCCCAACCAGCGCCGCAAGUGGAUCGCCGAGCAGACCCACGCCCAGAAGGAACAUCGCGCCCAAGAAGUCGCCCGCGAGUAUGCUCAGGAACAAGAAUUUUUUCGCCAGACUUCCCUUGUCUCCAAGAAGGAGAAAGAAAAGAUGGAAAUGAUGAAAGCAGUUAGCUUCAUGUAUGUUCGGCCACCAGGGUAUAAUGCAGAAAGUGCUAAAGCUGCAGAGGUUGCUGAUGAGAGGAAAAGUCAAGAGCAGGGCAAUCCCUCCCAAGACCCACCCACAGAGGGGGUCUCCAAUGCUAUGUCAGUAGGAGCUAUGCGUGGUAGAGAUCAACCUGGUAAAGAGCAAAAGAAACCAAGGCCAAAAGAUGUUUUUGGUCGCGCUUUACCGACAGAAGAACAAUUUGAAAUCCUUAAAAAUGCUCCAAGGCUAGAGACAGGUGUUGCUGCUAGGGCGAAACCAUUUGCUGUUGAAAUACGCAAUGUUAAAUGUGUAAGAUGUGGGAACUAUGGCCACCAAAGUGGUGAUCGUGAAUGCCCCUUAAAGGAUGUAAUAAUGCCUAAUGAAGAAAGUCGAUUGAAAAGAGAUGAUCCCUUAACAGCUAUCCUGGCUCAGACAGAAAGUAGCGAGCCUGUGAAGUGGGAGCUGAAACAAAAGCCCGGAAUGAGUCCUCCCCGUGGUGGGUUUAAGGAAGAUGAUCCCAACCAGCAGAUAGUAGCUGAGGAGAUUUUUGAUGAGUAUGGAGGAUUCCUUGGUGGGGAGAACAUCCCUGGGUUGUUGGCCAACUUCUCCUCGGACAAGCCCAAAAAGAAAGAGUCCAUUAAGAGUAAGCGCAAAAGGCGGUCAGCACAAAGUAGUACUAAAUUAAGAGAUCACCAAGAGAAUGGGUCAUCUUCUGAUGACAACGAUGAGAGGAGGAGGAGGAGGAGGAGCAGCAGCUCGAAGAAGGAGAAAAAUAAGAGAGACAAGCGAAAGCAUUCUAGGUCAAGUUCAUCGGAAAUUUCAGAGUAUGAUAGGCAUCACAAAAGAAGCAGCAGACUCGGGCAUCGUUCUUCUUCAAGUUCAUCCGAGUAUUCGGACUCCAAAGCACGACACAGAAGUAAACGCCGUCAUCAUUGGCGUCACCGGCAUCAUUCUGAUUCCUCAUCAGAAUGAGAUUAUAUAAUAUCUUAACAAAUUGUAUUAUGGUCCAGGUUGAAAAAAAUGUACAAGAGUUUUGGUGGUCAGCCAGCCAUCGGAAUGAGGUGUGUGUGCAGCAAUGAAGAAACUAGUUCAGAAGGGCUGUUUCUUUUUCUUACAUGUUGGGGGGUGCUCUACAUAGUGCUAUCCCUUAAUUUCUAUUUUCUUACAAUGUUUUUUCAAUUUUGUACGUCAUCUUAGUGCUAUAAUUUCAUAUAUUUCUAAAUUUAUGUAGUAAAAAAAUUAUUUUAUUAUCAAUAAAUCGUAUCUC